AUGGCAACUGAUGACAAUACAAAUGAAACAUCAUUCGAAGAUUCAGAAAUAUCUCUACCACGUCCGAUUCGUCUUUGGGUUCUUAUUAUAUUUGAUAGUUCAUCAAUAAUAUGUACAUUGCUACUUCUCUAUUAUCUCAGUCACAAUCGAGCAUCACGAAAAGCAUUACAUAAUCAUGUUAUUAUUAUUUUACUUAUUCUGGGUUUAGGAACUCAAUUAAUUGAUGUUCCAUCUUAUAUAGCAUUUAUCAUUCAUUCAGGAGUUGUUAAACCAUCUAUACCAUCAUCAUGUCUUGUAUGGUGGUUUGCCGCUUUUGGAAUGUAUAAUGGAGGUACAAUUCUAAUGGCAUGGGCAUCUUUCGAACGACAUAUUUUAGUAUUUAACUAUCGAUGGAUAUCAACACAAAAAGGACGUAUUUUAGGACAUUAUUUACCUAUAUCAAUUUUACUUCUUUAUAUAAUAACUUUCUAUAUUUAUGUACUUUUCAUUUUUCCCUGUGAAAAUACAUAUGACUAUACAUUACCAAUAUGCAAUGCAUAUCCAUGUUAUCAAGCUGAUCCAUUUAUUGGUAUGUGGGAAUUUAUUGUAAAUAAUAUUGUACCAAGUGUAUUAGUUGCAAUUUUAAGUUUUGCUUUAUUAAUUCGUGUUAUUCAACAAAAACGUCGACUACA